UGUGAAAAAUAAUAUUUGGGGUGAAAUAAAGAGCGCAUGUGCAGCAGCAGGCGACCAGGAGCUGCUGUCUUGGUCCUCGUGCGUGUCCCCUCUCCACGGUCCCACGUUGCCUGUUGAAGGCAUUUCGUCAAGUCCAGCAGCGUGCUCUCCUGUGAGAGCGUGUGUGUGUGUGUUUCAGGGUUAUCAUGAGUCCGCGUGUGUGUAAGACGUGCGGGGGGACGGAUAUCGAUGUGGACCAAUCACGAGGCAACGCCGUCUGCAUGGGCUGCGGCUCCGUGCUGGAGGACAACAUCAUCGUCUCCGAGGUGACCUUCGUAGAGAGCGGAGGGGGAGGGAUGUCAGCCGUCGGAACAUUCGUCUCCUCAGACGGUGCUGGCCACACCCCCUCUCUGGGACGAGACUUCCAUGUUGGAAUGGGGAAAGAGUCCCGAGCACAGACCCUACAGAACGCGCGUCGCCACAUCACCACUCUGGGUCACCAGCUGCAGAUGAAUCAGCAUUGUCUGGACACGGCCUUCAACUUCUACAAGAUGGCACUCUGCAGACACCUCACUAGGGGGCGCAAGAGCCAACACGUCAUCGCAGCCUGCCUGUACCUCGUCUGCAGAACAGAGGGCACCCCACAUAUGCUGCUGGACCUGAGUGACAUUCUGCAGGUGAAUGUGUAUGUAUUGGGUCGGACGUUCCUGGUCUUGGCUCGGGAGCUGUGUAUCAACGCUCCUGCUAUAGACCCGUGUCUCUACAUCCCGCGCUUCGCUCAGCUGCUGGAGUUUGGCGAUAAGAAUCACGAGGUUUCCAUGACGGCACUCCGACUCCUGCAGCGCAUGAAGAGAGACUGGAUGCACACGGGGAGGAGGCCAUCGGGACUUUGUGGAGCAGCUCUGCUGGUGGCGGCGCGUCUUCAUGAUUUCCGGCGUACGGUGAAGGAGAUCAUCAGCGUGGUGAAGGUGUGUGAAGCCACGCUUAGAAGAAGGCUAACUGAGUUUGGGGACACGCCCACUAGCGAACUGACCAUUGAGGAGUUCAUGAGGGCGGACCUUGAGAAGGGGGCGGAGUGUGAUCCUCCCUGCUUCACCGAGGGCAAGAAGAAACAGCGCAUCAAACAGCUAGAAGAGCAGCUGUCAAAGAAGCUGGAUGACAUGGAGGACGAGGUCUUCUGCUAUCAGGAUGAGAUUGAGUUUGAACUGGAGAGCAGCCGACCGAAGCAGAUGGGAAUGUACGCAUCCUACAGCAAAGAAGGUAACGCAGCAGCAUCAUCGUCGUCGGAGGUGGAGCCAGAGGAGGAGGCGGAGCUAAGGGAGGCGGCUCGUUGCCUAGCGCUGCGUCAGCUGACCCGGCAGGACGAGGAUGGGGCGGGCUCUGGGGAGGAAGGGGCGGGCUCUGGAGAGGAAGAGGAGGCGUGUCCUCUGAGGAGGCCCUCUGUCGCCGCCCUGCUGGGCCCUCUGCCAACUGCAGCCUCUCUGGGGCUACAGGACUCGAUAGACAGAUGCAUCGAGGAGAAGGAGAACGAGGAAGAUGGAGAGGGUGGUGAGCUGGACCUCAGCGGCAUCGAUGACGAAGAGAUAGAGAGGUAUCUCCUGAAUGAUAAGGAGGUGCAGAUCAAGACCAUGCUGUGGCUGCAGCAGAACGCAGACUACCUGAAGGAGCAGAAAGAGAAAGAGGAGCGUAUCGCUAAAGAGAAGGAGCUCGGCAUUUAUAAGGAAAAGAAGAAGUCCAGUAAGGCGGGCUCUCGGCGUAACCCUCCAAUCAGAGCGAGCUCAGCAGACGAGGCCAUCACCAAGAUGCUGCAGCAGAAAAAGAUCUCCCACAAGAUCAACUACGACGUGCUGAAGGACCUCAACACACACACACCCCUCAAGAGCCCCCCGCACACACUCACGCCGCCACACACACCCGCCCUACACACACGGACACCCGGCACACACACCGCACGCACGCCCGGCGGGACACACGCCACACACACACGAGGACGCAGGAGCGGCCUCACACCAGCACUCAGCAGCCAGAUCAGCAACCUGGGGAAGAGGUUGCGUCCUCUGGUGAGCGCUCAGCCUGCCAAGAGACUAGCCCUGGAUGAGCUGGCGUCGGGUGAGGUGUGUGAGGAGUCGCCGGCUCCUGCGGUGCGCGAGGAGAGUGUUGCCGUGCCGACCUACGAGGAGGAAGAGGAGGAGGAAGAGGAAGAGGAGGAGCCAGAGGAGGCCUGCGUCAGCGCCAUGCAGCUGCUGGGCGGCAACGAAUACGGCUGUGAUGACGACGACUACGGCUACUAGCAUCUGCUGUGCGGGAGAGAGGAACACACACACACACACACACACACACACACACACACACACACACACACACACACACACAGAUAUAAGAUGUACUCUCAAACUCACACACACACACACCAUGCUUCUCUGCUGAAUGUGUUUGCUGCUAUUCCAGCCUGACUGCCUAACUUACGGCUGGCCAAUCAAGUGCUGCCUAUCCCAGGCUGGCCAAUCGAGAGCUGCCUCUCCAACGGCUGGCCAAUCGAGAGCUGCCUUAUAACCCAGACUGCCUCUGUUUUACCCUAUCAAGUGCUGCUAAACGCUGGACCAAUCAGAAGAGGGAUCGGAUCCAGCGCUAAUGUAGCCCCGCGUUGCAUUCUCGCCAAAACACUUCCUGUUGCCUUCCCUCUGGCCACGCCCCUAACCCCGCCCAACUUCCUGUGAAGGCAUGUGCUUCCGGGUUGGAGAUCAAAGACGUGAGGCUUUCAGAUGUGAUGGCCAUUACUGUUAUUAUUUAGUAACGGUGACUUGUUAAUAUUGAGUAACGAUGGCUUGUUAAUAUUUAGUAACGAUAAUUUCUCAUUUUGUAAUGAUUUGUUGUUAUUUGGUAAUGAUGACUUGUUAUUAUUUAGUCCAGGCUGUUUGGCUGCACAACAGGGACACUACUAAUGUAUAUGUAGCCUACAGGUUACAACGUACAGAAUGCACAUGUUUUCUCAGAUGGUUGAAGAAUUUAAAUGUUGACGUGUUCAAAUAUAUUUUCUGAGAUGUUGAGCUGAUGUAUUAACAUAUGAUUUCUGUGCAGUUUGAGACCAUGAGUUGAUGGAUUUAAAUAUCAUUUCUGAAAUGUUGAGUUGGUGUAUUUAAAAAUAUAAUUUUCCAGAUGUUGGGCUGAUGUGUAUGAGGAUAACGAUUUGUGGAAUUGAUGUUUAUGGAUUGUUUACUUGUUUGCUUAUAGAUGGAUCUCUCCUGUUUACAAACAUUCCGCUGCACUGCACAUGCAGACAGGGAUUCUAGAAUGCUAAGCGAUUAGGUGUUCAACAUCAAAAAUCCCAUUGGAGCUCUGACAGUGUAGGGCAAGAACCUGUUGUCUUGUCGGCUAGCUGUUUGAUCCGUUUGCAUGGAUUCUGUACUUUUGAGGACACAGUUUAGGAGAAGAAGAUCUCUAGUCUAAUGUUUUACCUUUACGGAGAACAUUUUAUUGCCAUGUCCCUCGGAAUUGUUUGUUAUGCUUCGUAAAUAGCACAUCUUGUAACCAAGCGGUUGCCGCUGGCGACAAGGCGGGGUUUUGAGAUCGGACGCAGCCUCUGAUUGUUUGGAAGCCGCUGUCACUAUAAAGUCGUGUUCACAUGUGAUUGGCGUGAUGAAAAAUAAAAAUGAAUUUACAGAGAGCACCUAAAGCGAUUCUGAUGUACACACGAUAAGAUUUGUUCGCCCAAAACGAAGUCGGUAGGAGUACAGAAAUUCACGGAAACGGCUACAUCAUCCAGCCGGCUAGAAAAAAACGGUGCUAACCACAACCACUGUGUACUGUGCACUAGACUUCUCCAAUGGGAAUAUGAAUGGUAAAUAGAGCCGCCUAGCAUGUUGGCUAGCCGCCUAGCUUGUUGGAAUUCAUGUCUGUUAGUUUGCACGGCGCAGAUGUUUGUAAACUUCAGAAAGUCAUCAAUCAGGAGAAUGUAUAAAUAAACAACUAAACAUCUCUGGAGAGAGAGAGAUCAGA